AUGUCCCAAAACAUUGCCAUCAAGUCGGCCCUCCAAAGCAAGGUUCCCGCCUUUGGGUUUUGGCUCACAUUUGCAGAGGAAAAAGUGAUCAUGUUUGACGCGCCUAACAGUAUUCCGAGCACUGCUGUUGCGAAAACAAUUCUUCGUGGAGACUCCGGGGCUUCUGUGCCCUUCACAUGGACACUGGUUGACGCCGAACACGGAUUGAUUUCUGAUGUGCACUACUAUGAUGUAAGUCGGGCGCUGAGGGCUUUCGUUGCACACCCACCCACAGCCACGGUGGGUAUCUUCAUGCCUGCGGCCUAA